AUGACGGUCUUCGUCGACUCACUCUCAGAAACCUACGACGAUGCCGAUGGCCUCGGCUACAAUGACGAUUCAACCUCUGCCCCAUUUGCCAACAAAACACCCUACGAAUGCUCUCUGCUUCUCAAGCAAAUGUGUGAAGAAAACCCCGAGAACUGUUUCCAUGAUGGCGAUAUCUUUGCUAUUCUGGAUGAGCAGUCACUCAAAGAUGGCACGUUGCUGCUUGUAGAGGAACCCGAAGAGGGAGAUGGAGGUGAAGCGCAUUCGGUAAGAGCGGUUUUUGGAAUGGCAGAGACACAGAUGGCUUUGUGGGUGGCUGGGAAGACUACAAUAAGCGAGGCCAAGGAAAGGGCAAUGCAGACUGAAGAUGGUAUACUCAGGGUUGGCAUGGAUCUUUAA